GCCCACUGGAAGGUUGAAGGCAUCAAGAAGCGCAUGGUGGUCGCUGUGGGCAAACACGACGAGUUGGAAACUCAGUUCGCGGCUCAGCGUUCCAUGGUGGUGGGUCUUCGACAGGGCCUCAUCGAUGCAGAGAACGAGCACAAGGCCCUGGUCCAGUGCCUGGUCCAGGAGCAGGCAGGCCCUGCCGCCUGCUCGUCUCCCGUCUGCAAGCUCUCGCUCGAGGACGUCAUGGACCAGGAGCGCUUGUCCCAGGUCUUUGACAUCAAGGUUUGCGACUUGUUCAAAUGCGACGACUUCGAUCUCGACGAAGAGGACUGCCUCGAGAUCGAGUCCCGUGUCAAGCAGCUCAAGAAGGGCUUGUCCACCAUGGCGGGUUCGCUGUUCUCCGAAGCCAAGCAGAAGGUCGACGAGCUCAGGGCUGCUCACCGCGCCCAU